UGUUUCUGUCACAUAACAGUAAAUGUCAUUGUCAAUUCAUGGCUGUUGUUUGAGUAUUUUCGAUUAUUCAUAGUCAAAUUCAAAAACUUUUCUCGAUAUUUCAAGAAUUAUCGUCUGAAGUUAUUUGUUCGUAUAUCAUAAAUAGCAACAAUGGCAGAUCGUCUAACGCAGCUCCAGGACACCAUAAACCAGCAAGCUGAACACUUUUGCAACAGCAUAGGCAUAUUGCAACAGUUCUCUACACCAAGCAAGUUCCCCGGCUUCGAUCGUAGUGGAUCGCAGACCCCGCAACAGCAACAAAACCAGGAGGAUUAUGCUAUGUUGUUUGCGACGCUUAUUUCUCGUUGUGCGAAGGACAUUGAUACGCUGAUUGAGUCAUUGCCUAGUGAGGAGAGCUCUACUGAGCUGCAGGUGCAAAGCUUGAGACGUUUGGAGGCGGAGAACAAGGAGGCUGCUGAACAACUUGAAGAGGUAGUCCGUCAAGGUGAGAUCCUCCUGGAGAAGAUCCAAGGAGCUCUGAGUGAUAUUGCUCAGUGCCAGUUGGACAUGCAGAACCCUGCACUGAUCCUCAAUAAAGAUGUGAAACCUCAAUUAUAGGGCUCACGGAAACACGGUACUGAUUACCGUAGAUGAUCUGAAAUGAACAAUAGUGGGAGUUUUGUGUAUGUGUGGUUUGCCCUUCUGUGACAAGAGGCAGUGUAAUCUAUUUUGUUUUAUGCUAAUUGUGGCUAGUUACUAAAAUACUAAAUUAAACAGUUACCUAUUUCUACUCA